AUGGCAUUUGUACUGAACUGCUGCAGUUACGACCUCUGCUGGCUGUUUGAUGGCACCUGCUCAGAGACUGGGGAUAAUGGAUAUCGGUGCGUGACUCUCAGUAUUUUCUCAGAUCCAGUCUGCUGGAUGAUGGAGCAAUUUUCUGGCUCUCUGGUGCACCGACUGAAGGUUCGAUGCUGUUCUGUCAGUGCUUGGCGCUCCCGUUUGCCCAUUCUUAUCUGGUUGCCGGCGUACAACCUGGCAUGGCUAAAAAUGGACAUACUGGCUGGACUCACUGUCGGAUUGACUGUUGUCCCUCAGGCUCUGGCCUACGCUGAAGUGGCUGGGUUGCCUGUGCAGUAUGGGCUGUACUCAUCUUUCAUGGGUGGUUUUAUCUACUUCAUGUUUGGCACAUCAAAGGACAUCACUCUGGGCCCGACCGCCAUCAUGUCUCUGCUCUGUUCCUUCUACAUAGGAGGAGAUCCAGUCUAUGCCGUUAUAUUAGCUCUGCUGUGUGGCAUCAUCCAGGUCUGCAUGGCAUUUCUCAAACUGGGCUUCCUGCUGGACUUUAUUUCCUAUCCUGUAAUAAAGGGUUUCACCUGUGCAGCAGCCGUGACCAUCGGCUUUGGACAGGUCAAGAACAUUUUGGGUCUAAAGAACAUCCCUCAGCAGUUCUUCCUGCAGGUCUACUACACCUUCCACAGGCUAGCUGAGGCACGGGUCGGAGACGUGCUUCUGGGUCUGUGCUGUCUGUGUUUCCUGGUGACGCUGACUAAGAUGAAGUGUUCUCUGGGUUUGGUCGAAGAUAACCCAGCUACUUUGGUAAAUGCUGCUAGGGGUCUAGUGUGGACUUUAGCUACAGUCCGAAAUGCCCUGGUGGUGAUUGCUGCGACAUGCGUUGCGUACUCUGCUGAGGUCACCGGUCACAAUUUUUUCACCCUCAAUGGGAAAACAGCUGAAGGCCUGCCACCAUUCUCACCCCCGCCCUUCUCUGAGACGACAGCCAAUGGCACUGUCAUAUGUUUUACAAACAUCGUACAGGAUUUGGGAGGUGGUUUAGCAGUUAUAUCGUUGAUGGGAUUGCUGGAGAGCAUUGCUAUUGCUAAGGCGUUCGGAAGUAAAAACAAUUACCGCAUUGAUGCUAACCAGGAGUUCUUUGCUAUAGGUCUUACCAAUAUCUUGGGCUCUUUCGUCUCGGCGUACCCAAUCACAGGAAGCUUUGGGAGAACUGCUGUAAACUCUCAGACUGGAGUUUGUACACCUGCUGGAGGGGUCAUCACAGGUGUGGUGGUGCUCUUGUCUCUGGCCUUCCUCAUGCCUCUAUUCUCCUUCAUUCCAAAAGCUUCACUAGCCGCCGUUAUUAUCUGCGCCGUUGCUCCUAUGAUCGACUUUAGUGUUCCUCCACAGAUCUGGAGGGUCAGAAAGCUGGACAUGUUUCCCUUCUUGGUCACCUUUCUGAUGAGUUUCUGGGAGGUGCAGUAUGGAAUUGUGGGAGGUGUAGUUGUUUCAGGGUUCAUGCUGCUCUAUCAGGUAGCCAGACCUGAACUGAAGGUAUCUGAUCACGGCGUGUUGGUGAUGACGUUGGGAAGUGGACUGCAUUUUCCUGCCAUAGAGCAUCUCAGUAAGGUUGUCCGUAAACAAGCUCUAGACGUUUCUCCUCGAUGCUCUGUACUGUUAGACUGUCAUCAUGUCAGUAGUGUAGACUACACUGUAGUGAAUGAGCUCCGAGAUCUUCUAAAGCAGUUUAAACUACAUGACGUCUUCCUCAUGUUUACAGGACUGAAGUGCUCUGUACUGGAGGUGUUAUUAGCAGCAGAUCUGCCAGGUUUCAGACACGCAGACAGUGUGGAGGAGGGACUGCAGAUCCUCAACAGUGCUGAUUAUGACUGACACCCUCACCGUCCAAUCAGCAGAACCGAUAUGAUCAGUGACUACAGACAUAGUAACACACACUAAACACACCUGUGAAUGGAUGCAUAUAGUAACCCGAUUACAGGGUCAGAUGUUGGAAUAGACUCUGAUUUUCUGUAGCUCACUCAUCUUUCUACACAUCAUGACCAAAUAAUUUCUACAGAAACACAAACUAAGUUUUAUUGUGUUUGUAAGAUUCAUAUAACUGACUCAGGAUACUUUCA